AUGGACUCUGUCAUCGAAUACCCUAGGGCCAAGUGCGCUACCUCCUUGGAUAUUCCUCUCAGAGACUCAGAAGAAGUCGUUUCUAUUGAUUUGGAGAAUGACUUGCCUGAAGAUCCUGCUGAUUUACGAACUUUACUCGUGGAAGAAAGCUCUGAUAAGGAGCAUUGGCUUACCAUUGCAGUUGCUUAUUGUAAUAAGGGCAUGGUGGACGCUGGUACAGCAUUGGUUAAAAUGGCGUUAGAGGUAUUUCAAGGACCUCAAUCAGCAAUGUUGUACAGCUUUCUAACAUGGGCCUAUUUAAAACAGGCUAAAAUGAAUAGUACAGAUGUCACUCGUAGAGAAGAGGCCUUGGUACAAGCUGAACAGAGUUUAAAGAGUGCUAUUGAGCAAGACCCAGCUUGGAUAGGAAAUAUGCUUGCUACUAUUGACUUAUAUUACCAGAGAGAUUUAUACGAAAAGGCACUUGAGACGGUAGAAAUAUUCAUUAGAAAGACUCAAGAUGACGAUAAGAGGGAUGGAAAGGCAUCUAGAUCUAAUGUACUGUUUUUGCUAAUGCGUGCUAAGCUGUUAUAUCAGAAAAAGAAUUAUUCCUUGGCUUUAAGAGUAUUCCAAGAACUUCUGGUUUUGGAUCCUACUUUACAACCGGACCCUCGUGUUGGAAUUGGCUUGUGUUUUUGGCAGCUAAAGGAUCCUGGGAUGGCGAUUAGAUCCUGGAAGCGAGCACUUCAAAUGGAUCCGCAAAACAAGGCUGCCAGAAUCCUCGUUCUGUUGGGUGAUUUCCGUAAUGUAAUCACGAAUUCUGAAAAUGACGAAUAUUUCACUAAUGCUUUUACUGAAGUUCUAAAGGAUCUGAAAAACUUGUAUACGGAAGACUCUCAUAACCCAGUACUUCUCACUUUGCUGCAGACUUAUUAUUAUAUGUGCGGGGAAUACGAUGAUGUAAUAGCUGUGUAUGAAAAUCAGCAUUCUCAAUACUCUCAAGUAGUGGCUAGUGGUAUUGUAUCUGAGUCUGUUUUCUGGUGCGGCAGGGCCUACUAUGCAAAGGGGGAUUACCGUAAAGCUUUUUCGCUCUUCCAAGAAGCGCUUAGGAAGAAUGAAGACAAUUUGCUUGCUAAAUUUGGCUUGGGUCAAUCCCAAAUCCAAAAUAAGCUAGUGGAAGAGAGUAUCCUCACUUUUGAAAAUAUUUACAAGACGCAUGAGGGUACCCAAGAGCUCAAUUACAUCCUGGGUUUACUGUACUUCGCAAAAUGUCAGACAAGUCAGUUUUCGUCCCUUACGUCUAAGGAGAAGGCUAGUCUAAUUGAAAGGUCUAUUGGUUUCCUUGAAAAGUAUGUCAAAUUGACUACUGCUAAGAAAAAUCAACUAGUUACUUUGAAGGCAUAUCUUGUACUUUCAGAGCUCCACGAAUUGCAGGCACAAUACAAGGUAUCUUUGCAGUAUCUCUCAAAGGCUGUUGAACAAUGGAAAUUUUAUAGCAGUGAUCCUAUUCCUGUCGAAAUACGCAACAAUCUAGCUUGCUUCCAUUUCAUUAAUGGGGAUAAGGAAGCCGCUAACCAGCAACUCCAGGAAGCGUCAGCUGCAAUUGCGGGUACGCCGGCAGAGUUAACGGAAGGUAUAACCGUUAAGUACAAUAUUGCGCGUACAAACGAAAUUGAAGAUCCUAAAAAGUCUUCAUCAUUGUAUCAGGAAAUUUUAACUGCACAUCCAGGAUACGUGCACGCUAAGAUCAGAUCUAUAUUCUUAAAAUACCUUGAGAAUAAAGCUGACGAACACUCUGAUGAGUUGGAGCAACUUCUAAAGGAAAACGAAAGUGAUCUAGAGGUUCGUUCCUUCUACAGUUGGUAUGCUAAGAACGUAUCGACUACGAAAGUGGACUCCAACGGCGAAAACAUAGAGACGAAGCACAACAGGGAAACAUUAACGAAGUACGACUCACAUGACCUAUAUGCCUUGAUUUCCCUGGCAAACUUAUAUCUGACAAUUGCUAGAGAUACCAGGAAGUAUACUAAUGCGAAGGAGCAGGAAAAGUCAAAGCAAUCUUUCUUGAAGGCUAUACAAUUGUUCCAAAAGGUCCUUCAAAUUGAUCCUCUAAAUAUUUUUGCUGCUCAAGGUCUGGCUAUUAUGUUUGCAGAGAGCAAGAGAUAUAACCAAGGGAUAGAAAUAUUACGUAAGGUCAGAGACACUAUGGAUAUCGAGGACGUACAUAUGAACCUCGCAAACUGUCUAUUAGAAAUGAAGGAUUUUACAAAGGCGAUUGAAAACUAUGAACUUGUCUUAACAAGGUUUAAAACGCCUGAAAACAACUCUACUGUGUUAAAUCUUCUAGGCUUUGCCUGGUAUUCUCGUGGUUUGAAAGAGAAGUCUCUAUACUGUUUCAAGAAAGCGCUGUCAUACACGAAGGAAGCCUUUGAGCUAGAGCAAGCGAAGCGUAAUAGCAAGUUAGUGUCCAGCUUAAUGUUUAAUGUUGCCUUUGUUGAGCUCCAGAUUGCAGAAUUCCUGCGUAGAGCCACGCUAAAAGACAGGACUUUGGACCAAUUGAAGGAAUCCGCCGUUGGCUUAUCGGAAGCCGUUAAAUUAUUAAAGGAAUUGGCAUCAACCCAAAGCAAAACCGAGUCCAGCGAUGAGCUAAAGCAACGUAUACAACUGGGAGAGGGUACCAUAAAGACCGCCUUAGAACGUUGUAUCAAGGAACAGGAGCAGUACGAGGGAGAGAAGGACAGGAAGCUUGCUGAGGCCAAGAAGGCAAUGGAGGAAGAAGAGCAAAAGCGACUUGAAGAGCAAAAGAAGCUCGAGGAAGAGGAGAGGAUCAAGAGAGAAAAGCAAGCCGCUGAGUUUAAGAAGCUGCAAGAAGAGGCCCAAAAGUUGAUAGAAGAGCGUGCCAUUUUGGAAGGUAUGGUGGACGACGCCCAACUAGCGAACACCGACGAUGAGUUUGUGAAUGAAGAUGACAAGCCCGAAAAAAAGAAGAAGAAGAGAAAGUCCACUAAAAGGACCAAGAAAACCGAUGCUGCCCCCGCAGCGGAGACCGAAGCUGGCGAAGAAGCUGCCCCUACUAAGAAACGUCGUGUCGCCGCUACAGUAUUAUCCGAUGACGAGGAUGAUAAUGCUGCCGCUAACAAGUUAGCCCGCGGAAAGAAAUCCUUCGUCUCUGAAGAAUUUAUCAACACCAGCGACGAAGAAGACUCGGUGGCCGAGACACCACCUAAUUCCGGGGAGGAGGAUUAG